AAGAUCUUCCAUGCUCUCUUCCUCUAUUCGAUGGGUGGCAUAGGAUAGGAGUAAGAGAGAAUCCCUAAACUCUCUUUUCCAUCUUUUGGUAAGAAUUAUAGAGAAACGGAUAGAAGAAGACAUUCCAAGGACCACUGUCUGGCUCAUUUAAAGGGGAGGGGAAAUGGUAAAAAAUCACAUGCAACGCCAGUUUGACAUGAAGAGGUCCCUCCUUGAUCAGGGGUACCUUGAUGAGCAAUUUAUACAGCUUGAGGAGUUAGAAGAUGAUGACAACCCUAAUUUCGUAGAGGAGAUGGUGACAACAUUCUAUAAUAAUUCUGCUAGACUGCUACAAAACAUUGAACAGGCACUGGUUAGUCGGCCUAUUGAUUUCACCAAGCUGGACAAUUAUAUGCACAGAUUCAAGGGUAGUAGCUCAAGCAUAGGAGCUACAAGAGUGAAGAAAGAAUGCACAAUAUUCACGGAAUACUGCAAAAAAGCCAAUGCAGAAGGAUGCAUUAGGACAUUCCUACAAGUCAAACAAGAACAUGCAUGUUUGAGAAGGAAGCUGGAAACUUACUUUCAGUUGGGAAGACAAGCUGCUGGACCAUCUGCAAAUGCAGGAGGUCAAGUCGGAUGAUGAUUAUAUGGACACACAUUAACGAUCCCUCAUUUCCGGAGUCAUAUAUACUUCAUAUAUAUAUAUAUAUAUAUAUGAACAGAAGUCCGUGUUACUGAGUAAAACAAAAGAAUUUUGCAGUGUUUGGAUGUCGUAGAGGCAGUAUUAUUAAUAAUGUCUUGAA